AUGCUAUCUGCACUAUUGCAAAAAAUCGUCGAAGCAAACGACCUAUUGCAUACAGAAGAGGAUCAUUUGAAUAGGAGCCACACCUCAUCCAACCUUGGCACCCAUAAUAACAGCAGCAAGAACAAUAACACCAAUACCAGCAACACUACUUUUGAUAGCACAAGUGGUGGCGGGCUCUUGAACAGUAAAUAUGGCGCAAACGUUCUUGCAUUCCAUGGGCGAAAUAUCCCAGCCAUUUCACUUCACGCAUAUCUAACAAGAAUUCUCAAAUACUGUCCCGUCACCAAUGACGUUUUCCUGAGCUUGUUGGUUUACUUCGACCGAAUAGCCAAACAAAACAAUGACGAAGGCCCCCAGGUCUUUGUAAUGGACAGUUACAACAUCCACCGUCUGAUUAUCUCAGGUAUUACUGUUGCAUCUAAGUUCUUCAGCGAUGUGUUUUACAAAAACUCGAGAUAUGCCAAAGUGGGAGGUUUGCCAUUGGACGAAUUAAACCAUCUAGAGCUUCAGUUCUUGCUUCUACUAGAUUUCCAAUUGAUGAUUCAAAAGGAAGAACUCGAAAGGUACGGCGACCUUCUACUGCGGUUUUGGAAACGUGAGCAGAUCAAACGCAUGUCUACAAAUGGAAUGGAAAGCCAGCCAUUGCAGACUGCUACCGAUUCAGACAACGCUAUGACCGACCAGUAGACCAUUGUAUAUUUUAUUCCUCUGUUUCUCUUCUUCUUCUUAUUCGUACUCGUAACCAUUUAUCCAACUAAUAUAAUUCCUUUAUUUGAACAACACGAGCAGGAGGACAGUGUAGUAUGUACAAACCACACAACAACUUUUAAGUCGCAGC